AUGGUCACAGUAGAAGAUCAUUCAAAUUCCGAAUACAGUCAAAACAUCAGGCGAAUAUGUUCUCGAACCUUAGACCUCCCACCCAGUUGUUUAGAAUUUCUCCCUUCGGGCAGCUCUUCUAGAAAAACGAUAGAAAAUCCGCAUGACUAUUUUGUCGUCGGGACAUAUCAUUUGCAAACGAGCUCAACCGAAGUAACAAGUUCGGAUAACAUUGCUGCUGAUGAUGAAGAUGAAGAACCGAUUCCUUCUGCACCAAAGCCCCAAGAGAGAGAUGGCAGCUUGAGUUUAUUUCGGUUUCGAGAUGAGAAAUUGGACCUUAUCGACAAGAUCCCAUUUCCCGCCGGGAUUUUAGACUUACAUUUUCUACUUGGACGACAGACGUUUGCUGUUGCUUCUAGUGUCGGCACCAUCUCAUUCUACGAUUUCCAAACUCAGGUUCCUUCCGCGGGAAGUCCUGCAAAUUUAACAUUCCAUCAUAUCGCAACUCACCAAGUUUUCUCAGCAUCUGAGCUCGUACUUUCAAUUACUUUCAUACCAAACAACCCAUCACUACUCCUAGCAACCCUCAACACGGGCGAAGUCUACCUUAUCCACUUUCCAAGCUCAGAUUUCUCAACAUACACCCUCUUGAAUGACGAACUCCCACUCUCCACCCACGGCGCAGAAGCUUGGAUCUCUGCCGUCUGUCCAACACUCCAACACAUUUACACAGGCGGCGACGAUGCCGAACUACGUAUCCACGACAUCCACCUUCAAGAAGUCCCAACAAGCGACCUCUCGAUAACUCUAUCGUCAAAACCCCGCGGUCACGACGCGGGUGUGACAGCCAUUCUCCCGCUUCCUGGUCUGAAAGAUAGAAUGUUCUUCACAGGCAGCUACGACGAUCACGUCCGUCUCUACGCCAUCCAACCCAACGGCUACGCGAAGCUCAUUACUGAGAAAUAUCUCGGGGGCGGUGUAUGGCGUCUGAAACUCUUGGACGAAGAAAAGCUUGAGGACAGACCGAAAUUCAGGCUCUUAGCAUCUUGUAUGCAUGCUGGUGCUAAGAUUCUAGAGGUCGCGCAUCAUGGGGAGGAGUGGAGUAUUGAAGAGGUAGCCUGGAAUAAGGAGCACAAGAGCAUGAAUUAUGCUUCUGAUGUGCAGAGACUGGUGGAUGGGGAUCAGAACUCGAAGCGAAUAUGUGUCAGCAGUAGUUUUUACGAUAAACUGCUUGUGGUGUGGGAGUUUGAUCCGCUUGUCAAAGCGACAAGUCAGUAA